AUGAACGGGGGCGGCGGCGCCGGGGACGCCGCCAUGCAGCAGAAGCGCGCGGCGGACGCGAGUGAAGAGGAGCGGAUGGCCAAGCAGAUGCGGACGGAGGCAAACGCCGCCUCGAACCUGGCCCAGGCCAACGCCAUGGCCGCCACGAGGGCCAUGUUCGGCAGCCCGCAGCAGCAGGGCAACAAUCUCUUCUUCAUGGGCUCUCAGCCCAUGAUGCAGUCGCUCCAGCUGGCUCAGCAGCAGCCCAUGCUGUCGGUGGCUCCCAGUGUCCCCACUACACAGGAGCAGCACAUGCAGAUGCAGAUGCAGCAGCGCCAGCAGCAGCAACAGUUCGCGGCGGCGAUGGCAGCUCGACGAAACGCGCAGCAGCAGCAACAGGCAGCAGCGAUGGCUACGAUGAUGGGACACCAGAAUGCUACGUCGAUGGCACAGCAGACGCCGCCGAUGCAAUCGAAUCCCGGCGCCAACGUUCACGUGGCGUCGCUUAUGGGAAGCCACGGAAUGAAUUUCCAGUUGAACACAUCGACCGCAGCUCCUGCGCAGCCCCAACAGUCGACGGUGCCCACUGGAAUGCAGAACCCAGCGCAGCCGCAGCAGCAGAUGCAGGCACCACCUGCUACUGUUGUGCCAGUGACGUCAAACGAGAUUGAAGAGCCUUGCCUUGUUUGCGGCAAGAAGGGGGACAUUUUCACGUGCAAUGGUGGCUGCGCUCUCCACGUACACCCUGCUUGCAUUGGCGAGGAUGCAAUUUUCCCGUUUGUUGUCGGUCAACUUUGUGGCAGUUGUUUCAUCGUGCAGCAGAAUAGGGCGUCACCGGAAGAUCUGACGAAGGGUGGACCGAAUGCUCUAUCGGUUCGAAGGGCGAUCUUGUGUGUGAAUUUGGAGACCAAUAGUAAUUUGAACUUCGACAAGUUCGGACAUUUGGCUUCGUUACGACUGGGAGAAAUCGGUUCGAUCGCAGGCUACCCGAUCAAACCAUUUGCUGAAAAGUUUGUCGAGCCGUAUUUGCAGGGACUACGACCAUUCGACACUGACGGUGUCAUCUGGGAGCAGUUUACGGAUCAGCUGCGGAUGAUUUUCGGCUUUUUAGACAUCAUGAGCAAUUUUGGCACGCUGCAGCUAAACCCAGAUCUGUUCGUGCCCGAAGUCAACAUCAUCUUCAAUCCAGCCUAUGUGAACCAAGCGAUGAUACUCAAUGAGUACGAGGUCGUCGGAAAGCUCCUCCAAUGCAUGAAGCUAUUCGGCCAGGCAAAAAGUAACGAUAACUUCGCCAUGAUCGACUCCGUCCAACGAUACUUGCUGUUCAAGCAUGGCCCCAAUGGAAGCUGGUGCAAGACGAAUGGUUCGACUGUGGAUCUUUAUAAGGCUACGGUCACUUGCUCAAAGGCGCUGCUUACACCGGACCUUCGAGGAUACGGCCCCAUUUCACACGAUUUCCAGCGGCUCCUGGAGCAAUGGGCUCGGAAUGCAGCACCAAAGCUUCCGUCUGCCGCGAUGGCUGGGGCAAAACUACCAGCCGAAAUGUCAAAGCUGAAGCUCCUUGCUUCCGGGGCGACUGUGAAGACAAACACACAAGCGAAGUUCAAGCGCCUUGAGGCAAUGUAUAAGCGACAAACUGCUCCAAAAGGAGGUACUGCCUCACUCGAAUCUUUAAUGACCGAGAGGAUGAAGCAACUUAUUAAGGCGAAGAAACUUGACGACCAAGCAAAGGCUGCCGCAGCAACUGAAGAAAAAAAGAUCGCUCAAGAUGGAGCAAAUUCGGUCAAAGAAGAGAAAGAUAACAUCAAGGAUGUGGUCCACCCCACCGAGCAUUCACCCAAUGACGAAAUGCCAAUCAAGAAAGAAGACGGAGUUGCAGACAACACGACUGACUCGGAAGACGUCAAAUCCGAAAACCAGUCGUCUCGGGCGGAAAAAGAUCAGGAUGAUGACGAUGUUUUAACAAACAUGAGUCUCCACGAAGACCUGGAAAUCUUUGAUGGUCUACAAUUUGAGGACGGCGGAGGCAUCAUUGACAUGAGCUUCCACUCAUUGGGCCCUUCCACAGAUGUUGAAGAAGACAACGGUGAAAAUGACGUAGAGGACCCCGAAGGCACUGACGCACCUGGUCAAGAUGAUGAGGACGAAGCUAUGGACGACCAUGUGUACGACGACGAUGAGGACGAGAAUGAAGAUAGCAGUCACGCUGCGGCUGGAGAUGCACCUCAUCAGGAGGAGGUACAAAUGCCAGACGCAGCCGACAUCGGCGAUGGCGGUUCGGAUUUCCCGUCUGACAUGUAA